UUAUUUAUUAAUUAACUACAUACUCUGCCUUUCUACUGAAAAGGAUUUUCUAGUUUUCAUAUAUGACUGAACUUAAAUUUCUAAGCUAUGGACCUUCAAAGCAAUUGUUUUUCUGCUGAGCUGCUAUUCCAAGAUUAAAAGCAGUUGGCUUGCAAUGGACCUCUCCAUCUACACUGUCUUCAACUUGAUCCUCUCCUGCUGCCUCUGGGAUGCAGAAGCUCGAAAUUAUAACUCUAUAAUCACAGUGUCAAAUGGAGGAUUAUGGGGUGUUUGGGGGGAUGUUGAUUUUUGUCCUCGAGGUUAUGCACAUGGUUUCUCACUAAAGGUAGAAUCACAGCUUGUUAACCAGGAUGACACAGCCCUGAAUGGAAUCCGUCUGUACUGCACUGAUGGCUCUGUAAUUGAAUCUACAGUUGCACCGUGGGGAACUUGGACAUCCAUUCAGUAUUGUCCAAAAGGCAAUCUGAUCUCUUAUUCUCUGAGAGUGGAAGAGCAUCAAGGGAGUGGUGAUGAUACAUCCGCCAACAAUUUCCAGGUUACCUGUGAAGACGGAACUAGACUUAUGGGCCAAGGAAAUCACUGGGGUAGCUUUGGCCCAUGGAGUCGCCGUUGCUCCUCUGGGUCUGUGUGUGGGAUCCAGACAAAAGUGGAGGGUUAUCAAGGGAGGGGUGAUGACACAGCCCUUAAUGAUCUCCGAUUGUUCUGCUGUAGAUGAACAAGUAUUUCCACUCCUAUAAGUGGCAGUGUCUCCAAGAGUUUAACCAUGUAUGUUAACCACAUUUUCAUAACGAUCUGAGAAUUGUGUGCCUGUACCCGUGUGGACCUCAUUCACCAAUAGGGCAGAAAUAUGUGGGGAUUGGUUAACAAACAUUGAGAUAGAGCUUGAAUAUCCCAUAUCCAAAAUGCUUGG